UCGGAGGUGAUGUCAUGGCGAGAGCCCAGCAGUGGUGCUGAUGUUGAGAGAAGCCCAGGGUACCACUAAUUGAAGGAGUGAGAAGAGAACAGCUCGCUUUGGAAACCGGACUGCAGGGCUGUGAUCCAGUUCUGAGCUGGUGAUAAACACUCCCCUGUGACUUUUGGUCAAUCCAGCCACCAGAUUCCAGCCAACAUGACCCUCGCAGCCUAUAAGGAGAAGAUGAAGGAACUCCCACUAGUGUCUCUGUUCUGCUCUUGCUUCUUGUCUGAUCCCCUGAAUAAAUCAUCCUACAAAUAUGAAGGCUGGUGUGGGAGACAGUGUAGGAGGAAAGGUCAAAGCCAGCGGAAAGGCAGUGCUGACUGGAGAGAAAGAAGAGAACAGGCAGAUACAGUAGACCUGAACUGGUGCGUCAUCUCUGAUAUGGAAGUCAUCGAGCUGAACAAGUGCACCUCGGGCCAGUCCUUUGAAGUCAUCCUGAAGCCACCUUCCUUUGACGGGGUGCCCGAGUUUAAUGCCUCCCUCCCAAGACGGCGAGACCCAUCAUUAGAAGAGAUCCAGAAGAAGCUAGAAGCAGCAGAGGAGCGAAGGAAGUACCAGGAAGCUGAACUCCUGAAACACCUCGCGGAGAAACGAGAGCACGAGCGAGAGGUGAUCCAGAAAGCUAUCGAGGAAAACAAUAACUUCAUCAAGAUGGCAAAAGAGAAGCUGGCCCAGAAGAUGGAGUCCAAUAAGGAGAACCGGGAGGCCCAUCUGGCUGCCAUGUUGGAGCGGCUGCAAGAGAAGGACAAGCACGCAGAGGAGGUGCGGAAAAACAAGGAGCUGAAGGAAGAGGCCUCCAGGUAAAGCCCAGAGGCCAAGGAAGUUUCCAGGACAGCCGGACAGCUCCCGUAGCAACCUGGUUCCAGCAGCCUCGGCUGCUGGCUGCUCUCCCAGCACUGGGGUUCGGGGGGAGGGGGGUGGCCAAGGGGCGUUUCCUCUGCUUUUGGUGUUUGUACAUGUAAAAGAUUGACCAGUGAAGCCAUCCUAUUUGUUUCUGGGGAACAAUGAUGGGGUGGGAGAGGGGACAGUGAGAGUGUGGAAGAGGGAGGUGAAGAUGAGCCCAAGGACAUUGUGACACUGUCCACUGACUGCAGACUUGGGCCAAGGCCCCCGCUUUUCAUGGCUCUGCCUGGACAUCCGGCCUCCAGGUUCCGAGUGGAGAGAAGAUGAGAACCGGGGUAGAAGUUCAGCGUGAAGGGCAGAGUCCUGGCGGGGUGGUGGCUGCAGGGCCAGCAGGACAAGCCCGUCUGGAUGGAGUGAGACCUGCCCUGCAGCGGGUGGGAUAAGGUCUGUGUGCGUCUGUUCAUUGUCAUCUUUUGAUCAUCAUGACCAAUGAAACAUUUACUUC